CGCUGCUGUGUGUCAACGUAAAUGGUUCGAAGCGCAGAAGAAGAAGCGCGGGACAGUUUCCGGGUCGGUCCGGAUUGGAUGACGUUUGUUUCCAGCUGCUGGUGGAUCAGGACUCUCCGGAGGACUUCUUCUCACGUCGACUGUCGGAAGUGUGUGUGCUGCAACCUUCACCUGUGAGCUGACCUGCUGACUCCCUGAGCGCGCUCAGUAGGGGGGUUCCCCUCCACACAGCCAGGUUUCUGUUCCAACACGCGGAUUACGUCAGACCGCCAUCAUGGUGUUAGCCGACCUGGGGAGGAAGAUCACCUCGGCGCUGAGGUCACUCAGCAACGCCACCAUCAUCAACGAAGAGGUGUUAAAUGCCAUGCUGAAGGAGGUGUGUGCUGCUCUGCUGGAGGCCGACGUCAACAUCAAGCUGGUCAAACAGCUGAGAGAGAACGUCAAGGCUGCCAUAGAUCUGGAGGAGAUGGCUUCAGGUCUGAACAAGAGGAGGAUGAUCCAGCACGCCGUCUUCAAGGAGCUCGUCAAGCUGGUGGACCCCGGUGUGAAGGCCUGGACUCCCACAAAAGGAAAGAACAACGUCAUCAUGUUUGUUGGUCUGCAGGGCAGCGGGAAAACUACAACCUGCUCAAAGCUGGCCUAUUAUUACCAGAGGAAGGGCUGGAAGACGUGUCUGAUCUGUGCCGACACCUUCAGAGCCGGUGCCUUCGAUCAGCUGAAACAGAACGCCACUAAAGCCAGAAUCCCGUUCUACGGCAGUUACACAGAGAUGGACCCGGUGGUUAUCGCCGCAGAGGGUGUCGAGAAGUUCAAAGGCGAGAACUUUGAGAUCAUCAUCGUCGACACAAGCGGACGACACAAACAGGAAGACUCGCUGUUCGAGGAGAUGCUGCAGGUCUCCAACGCUGUGCAACCGGACAACAUCGUGUACGUGAUGGACGCGUCGAUCGGUCAGGCCUGCGAGUCUCAGGCCAAGGCCUUUAAAGACAAGGUGGACGUGGCGUCCGUGAUCGUCACCAAACUGGACGGGCACGCUAAAGGAGGAGGAGCUCUGAGCGCCGUGGCAGCCACCAGGAGCCCGAUCAUCUUCAUCGGAACAGGAGAACACAUCGACGACUUCGAGCCGUUCAAGACUCAGCCGUUCAUCAGCAAACUGCUCGGGAUGGGCGACAUCGAGGGUUUGAUUGACAGAGUGAACGAGCUGAAACUGGACGACAACGAGGAGCUGAUCGAUAAACUGAAACACGGGCAGUUCACCCUCAGAGACAUGUACGAGCAGUUCCAGAACAUCAUGAAGAUGGGACCCUUCGGACAGAUCAUGGGGAUGAUUCCUGGUUUCGGUACCGACUUCAUGAGUAAAGGAAACGAGCAGGAAUCAAUGGCCCGACUGAAGAAACUGAUGACCAUCAUGGACAGCAUGAACGACCAGGAGCUGGACAGUAAAGACGGAGCCAAACUGUUCAGUAAGCAGCCCAACAGGAUCCAGAGGGUGGCCCGGGGGUCCGGGGUCGCCACCAGAGACGUCCAGGAGCUGCUGACUCAGUACACCAAGUUCGCCCAGAUGGUCAAGAAGAUGGGCGGCAUCAAGGGGCUGUUUAAAGGAGGAGACAUGUCGAAGAACGUGAACCCGUCUCAGAUGGCCAAACUGAACCAGCAGAUGGCCAAAAUGAUGGACCCCCGAGUCCUGCACCACAUGGGUGGGAUGGCCGGCCUGCAGUCGAUGAUGCGACAGUUCCAGCAGGGAGCCGCCGGCAACAUGAAAGGCAUGAUGGGAUUUAACAACAUGUGACCGCCGACCAACCAGCUGCCUUAAAAUAUGACACCUUCAAAUUAAAGCCCCGCCUCCUGACAGGUGGAGAGGGGCGGGACUUAGAGAGGGGGAGAGAGAGCGAGCAGGAAGUGUAGAAAGAGAAAAUAAAAGCAGGAUGUUCGGGGUUUGAUUCUGUCCUCUGCUGCUUCACACCGAAAAUAAAAAAAAAACACUGAUUUAAAGAAGCAGUUCGUCAUUUUAGCAAGUUUCUUCUUCAGGUGUUUUAGAGAAACAUCUGACGGGUACCAGAUGUUGGACUGCUCCUUUAAACGACGCAGAGGAGGGGGAGGAAGAUGAGCUGGUUGUUUUUGGGCUCGUUAAUUUAAUUCUGUAUAAGAUGUUUGUGUAUAAGAUUUAAACGGAUCAGAGUCUGUCCUGAUUGGCCAGGAGACGCCACAUGGUGAUGAUGAUGAAGAUAACAUUAGUUAGUGACAGUAUUUUUGUCAUAUAAUAAAAAUUUGUAUUGCACCAUUUUAAA